UGCUCUCGCCCUUCCAUGUUUAAUCGCUAUCGAUACUCGUGUGUUUUAUUUUCUCUGCACCCGCUUCUGCGAGGUCCAUAGCUGGGUGCCUUCGUGAGUUCUCAGGGCUGGGAUGUUGUGAGAAAUUCGGCGCAGUUGGCUAGACAUCAUCUGCAGCAGUUUAGUACACCCCAGACGGCCGCAUGUUAUCACAUCCGAGCGAGGAUCGGGGUGGAGCUCGCAACGGGGAGGCCAUGGAGAACACCACCAGCCGAGAGUCGUGCGAGGGCGAGCAACCGCCGAGUACCAACGGGGAAGUGGCCAAAGAGGAAGUCGGCGACGAGCUCCUAAACAGUGCUUCAGACGAAAGCAAAACAAUAUGUGGCCAAGAUGCAGAAGGGGACAACGAAUUAAGAGGCCUUCAAAUGUCAAAGCUUGAGGGUAUCAAGAAGGCAAUGGAAAUGCUUAACUUGAACGUGCUGCAUGAUGGACCCGCGAAGACCCCCGAGGAAGCCAUGCACAAGCGCUACCAGUUCUGGAGUACCCAGCCUGUGCCCAGAAUAGAUGAAAAGUUAAGUGCCAACACUGUCAACGAGCCGAUAGAGAGGGGCAAACCAAUUGAAGAAAUCAGAGACCAGCCGUACUCUUUGCCAUCUGACUUCACCUGGGACACUCUGGACAUCAACAAUCCAACCAUACUCAAAGAGCUGUAUCAGCUACUCAACGAGAACUAUGUAGAAGAUGAUGACAACAUGUUCCGCUUUGACUAUGCCCCUGAAUUUCUCAAAUGGGCCUUGCAGCCUCCUGGCUGGACUGCUGAUUGGCAUUGUGGUGUGCGUGUUGUCAAGAGCAACAAGCUUGUGGGUUUCAUCAGCGCUGUACCAGCCACGAUACGCAUCUACAACCAUACACAGCGCAUGGCUGAGGUCAACUUCCUGUGCGUGCACAAAAAGCUGCGUUCCAAGCGGGUGGCACCUGUACUGAUCCGGGAGAUCACGAGGCGUGUCAACCGUCGUGGCAUCUUCCAGGCAGUCUACACAGCUGGUGUUGUUCUGCCAAAACCCAUUGGAACUUGCAGGUACUGGCACAGAUCGCUCAACCCGCGCAAGCUAAUAGACGUCCGUUUCUCUCACUUGAGCCGCAACAUGACAAUGCAGCGCACGCUGAAGCUCUACCGGCUACCUGAAAAGCCAAAGACACCUGGAUUUAGACAAUUACGAAAGUCGGACACGGCACAAGCACAUGCUCUGCUCGAAAAGUACCUGGAGAAGUUUGACCUUGCCCCUGUGUUCAGCAAGGAUGAAUUCAGGCACUGGUUCCUGCCACGCCCUGAUAUUGUGGACAGCUAUGUUGUAGAGGGGGAGAACCAGACGCUAACAGACUUUGUGAGUUUCUACUCUCUACCAUCCACGGUGAUGCACCAUGCUGUACAUAAGGUGCUGCGGGCAGCCUAUGCUUUCUACAGUGUAGCCACCUCUGUUCCCUUGGUGGACCUCAUGCAGGACGCCCUAAUCAUCACCAAAAAUAAUGGCUAUGAUGUUUUCAAUGCCCUGGACUUAAUGGACAACAAGGAGUUCCUGGAAAAGCUAAAGUUUGGCAUUGGAGACGGGAACCUGCAGUACUACCUGUACAACUGGAGGUGCCCGGAGAUGGCUCCCAAUAAAAUUGGACUUGUUCUGCAAUGACCAUGUGGAGGCUAGCGCCGAGGGCACGGCAAAUGCAAAUACCCAAGCGCAUACACCGACUGCUGUGAUAGCCACGCCAUGUCUUGUUGCAACUGUCUCAUUUGCCCAACACCUGACUCAGUUGCCUUAUCACAGCCUUCACUUCCUCCCCAUUUGAAUUGAGUUGUAAGACUGCAUCGGAAAGUGACACCCGAAUGAAAGACGGUUGCCUGCACAUGCCAAGCUCUUGAGUGAACAUCUCCUUGCUUUGUUUAUGCACUUUGUUUAGUCACCCUUAGUGAAAUGACUUGUGUGAAUUAAUUUCCCUCUGCUUUUUUGACCGGUUGGUGCUUUUUCCUUCUGCACUUACUCAUACACUGAACGAGGUUUGGACCAGAUCAUUUUGUUCGGUUUCAGCUGCUCUGGAAAGAAGACGCUAUCGUCCACGUUGUGAAUGACUACGACCAUGAUUCUCUUUGUAGUGGUGCCACAUGUGAGAACGGUGAAGGACACUGAUGGCUCCAGCAGCAUGCUCUGUUGUAAUGUCUCCCUGAUGUCAGGUGUUGACUGUGGGACAUUCGCCAAUGUUACCUAUGCUGGCAUUGGCUCUAGGCUCAGGCUUUUACAGAAUGGAGCCUCGAACAAGAGUUCAGAAAGGGCUGCCCUCUUGUGCUCUGUGAAACUUCUUUUGCAAUAGUGGUCACUGCUUUCGUUGCAAUUUGAUGAGUAGGUCGUGUAAUACGGCCCAUGUCAUGAUGACAGGCUGCGCUGUGUUUUUGUAACAUUUCUUUUUAAUGGAAUGAGUUCCAUGGCAGCAAGUAAAUCCCUUGUUUUUAGUCUACAUUAAAUUAGUCACUGUAAAAUAUUGCUUCUUGCAGUUCGCCCAUGGACAACUUUCUGUGUUUGAGGCAAUGUUUUGACACUCAGGUGUCCACAUAGAUAGUUCUUUAUGAUGUCGCAUUCUGAGUGUUUUUUUUUUUCUUUUUUUAAGUGUACAUUUGUUGAAAGUAAGCAUAAGUUAAUGCAGCUGAUUUAUUGCUUGUUAGUUUAGAGGGCACUGUGUAACUUUCACCACGUUUCCUUGCUUGCCUGAGUGAUAGCACCCAGUGCGUAAAUGUGCUAACAUGGGGUUGUCCAUGGAAGCACUGUCUAAUAUAAUGAACUUGUAUGGGGUUGAGAAAGAGAAGAAAACUUUUUAUCUUGAAGAGCACUUGUCGUAUCUUCCAUGUACAGGUGCUUGCAACAAUCUAAACAUGUCUUUGGUACUGAAUGCAACACCUAAUUGGAGGCGACAACUAAGCAAAUAUCAAUAAAAUCACCUGUGAACUUGCAA